CCAACGUUCUUCCUGCCAUUUGUGAAGAGGUUGACCGUGAGGAAGGAGAGGGUCGUUGGGAAAGUCCUCCUUUCUUACUUUCAGCAAAGUAAGUGGCACGCCCGCAACCAGAUUUCACACGUGCGAGGCCACUAGAGGAUUUUUGAGGAAACAACUAUGUCCACGAGAGACAAGACACUGGGGAAGUUGAUGCCCUCACAAAAGGGGACAACAAUUAUGGAGAUGACAGGCUUUUGUAUGCUCAAGGGCAGCUCUGGCUUCAACGGCAUCAUAUCAUGGGCAGAGCAGUUGGGUUCUUACCCUAUGUUGGUUGGGUGACAAUAAUCAUGACCGAAAAGCCCAUCAUCAAGUAUAUUCUUAUUGGUGCAUUAGGGUUGCUGGUUAUUACUUCCAAGGACUAGAGAUGAAGCGAUGGCUGAGUUUGCGCGACUCUGAAGAACUUUCCAGGUUUUCUCCUCUACAUAUAGACUUAGACACACUUAAAUCAUAAUUGGAUAGAUUAAAGCCUCGAUCUCUAAUUCUUGGAUAAAUAAAGACCUGCACCUCUAUUUUCAUGUCAAGAAAUAAAGUUCUUUCAUUAGU